AUGGGAGGUUUAGGUUCGCCAUGUGGAGGAUGCAAGUUCUUGCGUAGGAAAUGUGUAGAAGGUUGUGUAUUUGCACCAUACUUUUGCAACGAAGAAGGAUCUUCUAAUUUUGCAGCCAUUCACAAAGUGUUUGGAGCCAGCAACUUCUCUAAGCUCAUCUCUCACCUUUCUGAUCAUGACAGAUGCGACGCCGUACGAACCAUCUCUUACGAGGCUCAGUCUCGCCUCCAUGACCCUAUUUAUGGCUGCGUCUCCCAAAUCUUCUCCCUCCAGCAACAGGUUGUUAGUCUACAAGCACAAGUGGUCCUUCUUAGAGAGGAAGCUUCUAGAAAGUUCCCACAAGAGGAUUAUACAGAGCAAGAAAAGGUUGUAGCUCAAGAUAUGCCCCAUGAUCUUCAAAGUUGGUUUCACCAAGUAGUCUCUGACUCCAACCUUAACCAGAUGAGUGAUGUUGCACCAACGUCCAUGGAUCGCAAUGACUCGUUUAGUAGCUCAAAUGAAUCUCUUUACUACCAGGAAGUCAUGUUUCCAUGGUCACAACUUACUAAUUUAUGA